AUGGCACGAAAAGGCGGUGCCCCGGAGACCGUGGCUAAGGCGCUGGUGUUCGAGUGCCUCCGCCAAGCCCAAGAGCAACAGCGGCGCUGCUGCCUCUUCGCCUUUUCCACAGGAGCCGAGCUUCAGCAGCUGGAGCUGGAUCUGACGGCGGCCGGUCUGGGCCGACUGCUGGAGUUCCUCAGCUUCGCUUUCCAUGGCGGCACCUCGCUCAACGAGGUCCUCCUCGCCAGUGUCGAGCGAUUGGGCAGCUCUCAGCAGUGGCAGAACGCCGACCUGCUGCUGGUCACGGAUGGUGAGGUGCCGAGGCCCACCGACGGCGUGUUGGGAGCACUAGGCGAGGCACGCGCGGAGUUCGGAGCUCGGGUGUACGGCGUGGUCGUUGGCAGCAAGACUGGGGAGGUGAUGCAGAGCUUGUGUUCCGUUCACAAGGAGCUGGGGGGAAAGCUGCAUUUUGCGUUGUCCGACAUAGGGAACUGGGGCCUCGUCCUCCACUUCUUUUGUGACGGCUUCGUGGGGGGAGGCUGGGAGGACCUGUGGCAAUCGGUCCUGGGUGGCUAUCUCAACCUGCCAAGCAAUCUCAUAAAGGGCUGUGCCAACUUGGUGAUUCUUCCCUUCACCUUUUCCGCAUUCCUUGGGAUGCUCUCCGACUCAAAGCCAAUCUUCGGUUUCCGGCGCCGUCCUUACAUGGCAGGUGGCUGGUUCUUGUGCACUCUCAGCACGCUCUGUCUUGUAUACCGUGGCUUGCCUGCCCCAUACUACUGCUUCGAGAACGGUCACUACCUCUACCAGAUGCCACCUUGCAACCCCGAAGCAGCAGAUCAUUUCAUUCCCGUGGUUCUCUGUCUCUGCUGCGCGACUGUGGGAGGGGUGACGGCCAAUGCUGCAGCAAAUGGACUACUCGUGGAGUAUGCAAAGCAGGAGGCAGUGGAGAGAAGGGGCCGGACGCAGAUAGUGCUGCAAAUGGUCAAACUCAGCGGCCACCUCACCUCCGUGCUUUUGUCUGCCUUUGGGUUCAAUGGCAGAAUGUUUAACGGCAGCUUCGAGCAGGCCAGGCAGCUCAACUUCCAGCAGCUGAUGGGCAUCUACCUUGCGGCUGUGGCGGUGACAUCUGUAGGUUGCUUGUUCCUCGUCCGGGAAAACAAGGCUGUCAGAUCGUCCUUCAGGGAACAGAUGUCCUCGGUCUGGAACCUGACGCAGAGUAAGGCUUUCUUGUUCGUGGGGCUUUUCGUCUUCCUUCGGACAUUAAUGGGUCACAUCAACUCAACUGCCGGAGUAUGGGUCAUGAUGCAGUGGGCCGAAGUGAGGGGCAUCCAGAUUCAGAUGAGCAAUGCCCUUUCGCUCUUGAUCUCCCUCGCGGCCAGUUACCUGAUGCGGAGAUACUUGCUAAACACGAGCUGGAGGAAGAUCAUCUUCGUCACAAGCUCCGUCUCCACUGCCACGGACAGCAUCCCUCAGCUUCUGACGGUCUUUGACAUCGUGCGGGAUCCCUACUUCUACCUCGGGGAGCCGAUCUCCCGUGCGGUUCCGACUGCCAUGAAUCAUCUCAUCACGGUAAUGAUGGCGAACGAAUUGGCAGACGACGACAACGGCGCCAUGGUAGCUGGCAUGCUUCAGUCGGUCACUUUCGUUGCGAUCCUCUUCGGCAUGGUUGUGUCGAACCAGCUCUUCUCCUCCUUCACGCCAGCCCUGACGCUUCGGGAGAACUUCAUCGAAGAUGCGGUCUCCUUUCGGUGGACGGUGGCCUAUUCCUACCUCGUCGCGUACACUUUCAGCUUUGCAUCUCUCGCCCUGCUCCCCCUGGCGCCGGCCCAGAAGAAGCAGGCGCAAGCAAGGAAGCAGGAGCCAGGGCUGCACCUUCAGUGCUCUUUGGAGUUGUGA